AUGGUAUCAGCAAGUCAGAGUUUACCAGACUUAAUUUUCUUGUUGCUGUUCAAAACCAGCAGUGGAAUUGUCAAGUAUCCCGUUGCUUACUGUCAGGCUUCUGGAACCUGGGAAGAGAUUGAUUUUGUUGUACAGGCCUUUGCACAAUUUGAUGCUGAAGGAGAUGGCACCGUAGACGUGGAGAAUAUGCUAGAGGCUCUCAAGAAUUCUAGUGGAGCUAAUCUCCAAGGGGAACUUAGCCAUGUAAUCAGGCAACUGCAAGCUUGUUCCCUAGUUCCAGGUUUUAUUGAUAUAUUUUCUGAAUCGAAAGAGCGUCUUGGUCUUCAUGCCUCAAUGAUCCUGAGGUUCUUGCACCGGAAUCGCAUUUCUAGUACUGCCAUCCCUUACCCAGUGCUGGAGUACUUCAACAAUAUCUGCACUAUGAGGUCUUCUGUGCUGAAGGAUUCUUUAGACCGACUUCUCCUAAAAGAGAGGGAAUACCCCAGUGAUUUGAAUGGUAAUCAGGAGUCAGACAAACUGAAGUCUGUCACAAAGUGCUACACUCACAUAGAAACCUCAUCCAAUUCUGCUGAUAUUGACAAGAUGACAAAUGGAGAAACGACAUCCUUCUGGCAGUCGGAUGGGAGUGCUCGCUCCCACUGGAUACGUUUAAAGAUGAAACCAGAUGUUGUCCUGAGACAUCUGUCCAUUGCGGUGGCAGCUAGUGACCAGAGUUACAUGCCACAGCAAGUGACAGUGGCAGUGGGAAGGAAUGCCAGCAGUCUUCAGGAGGUCCGAGAUGUUCACAUUCCAAGCAAUAUCACUGGCUACGUAACACUGUUGGAAAACGCUAACAUUAGUCAGAUGUAUGUACAGAUAAAUAUCAAGCGUUGCCUUAGUGAUGGAUGUGACACCAGAAUCCACGGGCUCAGGGCUGUUGGGUACCAACGGGUUAAGAAGGUGGGCGUCUCCGUAUGUGAUGCUUCUGCGAUCUGGUACUGGUCGCUGCUGACCUCUCUGGUGACAGCUUCCAUGGAAACAAACCCAGCAUUUGUUCACACUAUUUUGCAAAAUACUCAGAAAGCACUGCAACACAUGCCACCUCUAUCCCUAACACCGGGCUCUACAGAUUUUUCAAGCUUCUUAUCUCCAAAUGUUUUGGAAGAAGUCGAUAGUUUCCUUAUAAGAAUAACAAGUUGUUGUACUACUCCAGAGGUUGAACUUACACUCUUGGCCUUUGCCUUAGCCCGGGGGAGUGUUGCAAAAGUGAUAAGUUCCCUUUGUACAAUCACUGAUCAUCUGGAAACUCCAUACAAGGCUUCAUCACUUAUUGCUUCCAUGGCAGUGGUCAGACAGAACCUGCUGUAUAAAUACGGAAAACCUUUACGACUCACUUUGCAAGCCUGUGAUGUAAAGGGAAAAGAAGAUAAAUCAGGGCCUGAAAACCUCCUUGUGGAGCCAUGGACUGGAGAUGGUUUUCUUACUGAAACUGGGAAAACCAGAGCAAGUAUUAUUCUUUCUACUGGAACUGAAUCUUCAUUUCAAGUGACACAAAUUAGAAUCAAGGUCCGAAGGGGAGCCAUUGGGGCCCAGUGUGGGCUGGUGUUUGCUUAUAAUAGUGCUUCAGAGAAGUUCCAUGCGGAGGAACACUUCAAAAGAUUUGAAAGCUAUGACAAGUGGAAGCUGCGGGAGUUCAAACAGUUCUUAAAGAACAGAAGCAGCUGCUCGUGUGAUGACCUGGGGGAUGAUGAUCCUAUUGGCUGGUUUGAAGUGGAAGAAGAAUGGGAUGAAGUUGAUGUCAAAAUGCAGCAAUGCAGAAUUUCCCAAUACCUGAUGAUAAAGUUCUUGUGCACAAGACAAGACACAGCAGAACGACUUGGAGUUCAAGGCCUGAAUGUUCUUGGGUAUCUUCGGCCUAUGCGGGAUGAGCCCAGCAGGAGCAUGAGCUGCUUGCAGUGCAGGAAAACUGAUGAUGAUACAGUUUGUGGCACAACUCUUCUCCUGAAGACACUUCAUUUCAUCCAGCAGCUGGCACAGGACCUGGUUCAACAGAAGGAGAGUGGAUUAAAAUACAAGUCCUUUUUAGAUUUCACAGGCCUUGAUUUGCAGCUCUUCUGGAAUUUUUACAAUAAACUUCACCAAAACCCAAGGGAAGAAUGUAUCUUUGCUCAAACACUGCUAUUGCAGCUUCUCCAGAGCUGCUUCUCUGUACUUACCGGAGACAAUAAAACUGCUAAACCUCAAGAAACUUCUCAGAGUAAAACAUCUGGUCACACAGAAGCUGCAAAAGAGCUUUAUAGACAUUUGUGUGAAGUAGUGGAUAUGGGGGACAGUAACUUCAUGCCAAUGAAAAUGCUGAAAGAGGAAGUUAAGAACACCUUACUCAGUGGAGCAGCAAUCUUUUUCCCAGAUAGACAGACCAGGCGACACCAGCUCUUCACCAUGAUGAAAAAUAUCACAGAGCAAGAACAUAAGCAAUCUGUGCAUCUUGCCUUCAGAUCCUUGUGUACUCACUUCAGUGAUCAAGAUCCAGGUGGACUCCUAUUAUUACCAGAGAAAGGAGUUUCUGAAAAUCUUGACAUAAGUGAAGUGCUGUCAGUCAUGGAUACCCUUCUACUAGUGGCAGCAAGAGAGUGUGAAAUGAUGAUGCUGGAUGUUGCACAGCAAGAGAGUGGCACAGUCUUGUCUUCCUUAUUCUGGUCUGUUCAAGGUAGCCUCCUUUCAUGGUGCUACCUGCAGCUUAAGGGUAGUGAUAAUUCAGCCAAGGAUCUUGCAGUAGAAAUCCUUAAAAACUAUGUGGGCCAGUUCCUGUCAAAUAUCAGAACGAUUUUGCAGUCACUUUUAUCUCAAUAUAGUGGCAAAACAAUAGUAGAAAAAAUAAGUAACUCUGUCUUUGCUAUGGCAACUCGUCAGCUGGUCAUCUUCCUGUUGGAUUUUUGCACUUUAGACAUUCCAUAUUGUACUCUGCUACAGGGAUUCAGCACUUUGAUAGAACCACUGAAAAGCCUUUGUAGUGAGCCUCAUAAGAUGGAAAUGGAGAGCUGGCAGCAAGAACAGCCUGUGGUAUUGAGAACGUGGACAAUGGAAUCGCCUCAUAACUAUGAAAAUAAUUGCCAUGAGGUCUCAGUCUUCCUAUGUCAUGGGGCAACUUACUUUGAGGUGGAAUUUGAUGAAAAAUGUGAAACUGAAAGGAGGUAUGAUUACCUGGAGUUUACUGAUGCAAGAGGUGCAAAAACUCGUUACGAUACAAAGGUUGGCACUGACAAGUGGCCUAAGAAAGUGACCUUUAAGGCUGGCCCACGGCUGCAGUUUCUCUUUCACUCUGACAGCAGUAAUAAUGAGUGGGGCUACAAGUUUUCCGUCACUGCUUACGGCCUACCAGAUGUCGCCGUUUCUUGGGGCUUGGAUUUACAGCUUCUUGUAUCCCGGUUGAUGGGGCGCUUGGCUUCCCGAAGUAUGGCCCUGAAAUCUCUCCGAGAACUAGGUAGUGAAGCAGAUUUGCCUCCUUUGAAAGUAACAGCAGUCCUUAAUUCUCCUCUGUGGAAACCUGUCUUCAGGCAUCAGAUGUGUCCUGAGGCACUCCUGGGAGCCAGUCAAAGCAGUAGGCUGCACCAAGAUAACAAAGAGGCUGGGAGCUCUCUCCAAGACGACUGCCGUAACUUUCUUAUCGACUUUGCAAAAUCAGAUCCUGCCCAGGACUUCAGUGGGCAAAAAUCUGAACUUUUCAAAGGAUUUACACAGGCAUGUAAAAAACAGACCCCAAAGACAGAUAUAGUUGCUGGUUCUACUGUUGAUCAAGCUGUGAACUCAACGUUUGCUGCUUUGGUGUAUCUCACUCCAGAUUUAUAUGAGAAGCUUCAAAAAUAUGUCAACAGUGGAGGCAAGGUGCCUUUGAGCUAUGAGUUUGCACAAGUGUAUUCCCUGGCUGAUUCAAUUAGAAUAUGGAUGUUGGAAAUGAAGCAGAAAUCCCUGAUGGGUAGGGCAAAUGAUUUUGAGGAGAAGCAGAGCACAGAAGCAAGUGAGGUGAACCCAGAGACUCUUGCAAAACUUUGUAUGCAGAAGAGCCUUUUAUUACUGAAUUUUUUGCCUGUAAGAGCGAAGACGAAAGAUUCUGCUUCAGACAGUUUGGAAGCCCAAGACAUUGAUGAUAUCCAACAUUACGUUGGUGAUAAAUGCCAAAGAAAAGGUUCUUUUGUGGACACGGACUUCCAGGCAGCACAUUCAUUGUCAUCCAGUGGAGUAACGCCUCCUGUUUCAAAAGAGGAGAGCCAAAUGACGCUAUCUGAUACAAAGAUUAAACAACUUCCAGACCCCCUCCAAACAGAAGCAGAAUCUGCAAUUCAUAGUAAGCCUGUUGAAAGUACAGUUUCACAGCAAGAAGAUUCAUCAUCACCUCCUUCCACUCCUACGCGAAAGUCUCAGUUCAGCCGUGGAAGACUAAGGCUGCUGUCUUUCCGCUCAAUGGAAGAGCCAAGACCUGUGCCUACUGUGAAGGCAAAAUACCCCAUAUUGAAACACAUAUUAGACUUUAUUAAGGAUCAAUCACUCUCCCAUGAAAGCGUUUUAAAGGUUCUUGCUUUGAGAAAAUCCCAAGGGCAGAAUAUUAUGGAAGUGCUCAAGACAAUCCGCCAGUGCCUAGACUCCCUUGGGCAGCCACACUGUUUUCAUCCGCCGUGUGUACUUUUUCUCUUAGAACUUCUAGCCUGUCAGAAAGAUUUUACAAACUACUUUGGAAACUUGGAAGGGUGUGGUGCUGAGCUACACAAAGAGAUUCGAGAGUCCUACUACCAGCUUGUUUUGUUCCUGGUAAAUUCUGUGAAGGGAUUUAGUACUAUUAAUGACAGAUCCUUGCUUCCUGCCUUAUCAUGUGUGCAGACAACUCUCCUUCACCUUUUGGAUAUGAGUUGGGAACCAAGUGAUCUUUCCUUCUUUGUUGAGAUUCAGUUACCACAGCUUCUUAUGACUACAUCACAAGAAAACAUAAGUAUUCAUGACAGCAUCAUUUGUCAGUGGAGUGAAGAAGAUGAAAUUGCAGACUACAAACAAAACUGUGAGUGGAUGGAUGAAUGUCAGGAUGUGAUGUUUGAGACCUGGUAUGAAAAGAUAGCUCAAGCUGACCCAGAGAAGCAGAGAAAGAUGCACAUGUUUGUUGCUCGUUACUGUGACCUGUUAAAUGUGGACAUAUCCUGUGAUGGCUGUGAUGAAAUUGCACCAUGGCAUCGCUACCGCUGUCUGCAAUGCAAUGACAUGGAUCUGUGUAAAACUUGUUUUCUUGGUGGAGUUAAACCCGAGGGACAUGAGGAUGACCAUGAAAUGGUUAACAUGGAGUACGCCUGUGAUCACUGUCAAGGAGUCAUCAUAGGUCGGAGAAUGAACUGCAAUGUGUGUGAUGACUUUGACCUUUGCUAUGGAUGCUAUUCUGCAAAGAAAUACUCUGACAGUCACUUGCCUACUCACAGCAUCACAGUGUAUCCCAUGGUGACUAUUCGAAUCAGUGACCGACAGAGGCUCAUCCAACCGUAUAUACACAACUAUUCCUGGCUGUUGUUUGCAGCUUUGACCCUCUACAGUGCAGAUCUGGCAAAUGGGGGGGAAAUAGAAGGAGAGAAACUAGAUUCGCAGAUCCUCAGCCAAGCCAGAGUUGUGCAACAUCAGUGCAUACAGCUCAUAGGAGACUGCUUGAUGAAAGCACAGCAUGGAAAAGGUCUGAAAAAUUUAGCUCUCCUCUGCAUGUUACCAGAAGGUGAAUCCUUCUCAGAGAAUGACACUGUUUCAGUCAGUCCUCCCACAGAUGGUGCUCCAAAAAGUCAUGCUGGUGAUAAAGCAGUGAAGGGAAAAGAUGAGAAACCAACAACAAGAUCUUUUAUACAUUGCAAUGGGAAAGGAGAUACGUGUAAUGAAAUCCAGUCUCCUGCAGAAGAUAAAGUAGGAAAACAAGGAAGUGAAAGCAAAGCUGUCUUUGCAAAUAAAGCUGUUUUGAGACAAGAGUCAGACUUUUCUGUGGAGGAUAAUGUUUCUCCAACAGAUGACUGCCUCAUAGACGAUUCAGCCCAGAAGCAAGCAGAGAAGGUUUUAAUACCUAGCCAGGAACAAGUUUUUGCUGAAUGCUCUCAGAAGAGGAUUCUAGGAUUGCUGGCAGCUAUGUUACCACCUUUCAAAUCAGGCUCCACAAUGUCUUUGAUUAACCUGGAACAGAUACUUCCACUGAUGUUUCAGGUUGUAAUCUCCAACGCUGGCCACCUAAAUGAAACAUAUCAUUUAACACUGGGACUUCUGGGCCAGUUAAUCCUGAGACUUAUGCCUGCAGAAGUGGAUGCUGCAGUGGCCAAAGUCCUUUCAGCCAAACAUAAUUUGUUUGCUGCGGGAGAUGGGGCUGCAGUACCAGAAGGCUGGAAAACAACUCAUCUUCUGUUCAGUCUGGGAGCUGUGUGUUUAGACAGUCGUGUUGGUCUGGACUGGGCAAGCUCCAUGGCAGAUAUUCUUCGAUCUUUGAACUCUUCUGCUCAGUGGCAUAAUGUGAUCGCUGCUUUCACUGACCAUUGCAUUAAGCAACUGCCUUUCCAGCUAAAGCACACCAAUAUCUUCACUCUACUGGUGCUGGUUGGGUUUCCUGAGGUGCUGUGUAUGGGGACUCGUUCUGUCUACAUGGAUAAUGCAAAUGAGCCUCACAACGUGAUCAUUCUGAAGCAUUUCACUGAGAAGAACAGGGCAGUUGUAGUAGACAUCAAAACCCGAAAGAGAAAAACAGUGAAAGACUAUCAGUUGAUUCAGAAAUGUGGACAAGAGGGCAGUGAUUCGCAGACCCAGCUGAGACAGUACCUCCAGCACUUUGUUCUUAUAUCCACACACCUUCUGCAAACCAGCAUGGACAGUAGCUAUGCUGAGGCAGUGGAAGCAACUUGGGUCUUGUCCCUCGCUCUAAAGGGGCUUUACAGAACACUUAAGAUUCAUGGCUUUAAGGAGGUUCAAGCUGCCUUUCUUCAGUCUGGUUUACUCAAGCUUCUAGUGAAGAAAUGUAGCAAAGGAACUGGCUUUAGUAAGACCUGGCUUCUCAGAGACUUGGAGAUUUUGUCAAUAAUGCUGUAUUCCUCAAAGAAAGAGAUCAGUUCCCUGGCUGAACGUGAGGAUACGGAACUGGAAGAAAGGGAACAAGAUCAAGAUGUGGAUCCACCCAUUGUUAGUCCUGUGGAUUUAGAGCAGAACAAACUUGAUCCUCUGGAGGGUUUGGAUGAAGCCACCAAAAUAUGCUUCUUGAUGACACAUGAUGCACUCAAUGCACCUCUCCAUAUUCUUCGAGCCAUGUAUGAAUUGCAAAUGAAAAGAACAGAUUCUUUUUUCCUGGAAGUUCAAAAGAGGUUUGAUGGAGAUGUAAUUACAACAGAUGAGAGGAUCCGAACGCUGGCUCAGAAGUGGCAGCCCAGCAAGCGUUUGAGGCUGGAGGAGCAGAGUUCAAAAGCAGUAGAUACAGAUAUGAUCAUCUUACCCUGUUUGUCAAAACCUGCGCUCUGCGAUAAAGCAACAGAAGAAACCAAUCCAGUUGCCCAGAAACUGAUAACCAACACGGAGAGUGAUCUACAGCUUAGUUAUGCCAAGCAACGUCGCACUAAGAGUUCAAUACUCCUGCACAAGGAGCUGGACUCCAGAAGUAAAAAGGCUGUGAGGGACUACCUGUAUCGUGUAAAUGAGGCAACUGCUGUUCUUUAUGCCAGGCAUGUGUUGGCAUCGCUGCUAGCUGAGUGGCCAGAUGAUGUGGCAAUAAAUGAGGAAAUCCUAGAUCUUAGUGGUCCAGCCCAUAUGACAUACAUACUGGACAUGCUUAUGCAGCUAGAGGAAAAGCAGUUAUGGGAAAAGAUUCUACAGAAGGUACUGCAUGGGUGCAGCGAGAGCAUGCUCGGGACAAUGGCACUGACAGCUUGCCAGUUCAUGGAGGAACCUGGAAUGGCAGUGCAGAUGCGUGAAUCUAAACAUCCUUAUAACAACAAUACCAAUUUUGAGGAUAAAGUUCACAUUCCUGGUGCUAUCUACCUCUCAAUCAAAUUUGACUCUCAGUGUAAUACAGAAGAGGGCUGUGAUGAGUUGCUCAUGUCCAGCAGCAGUGAUUUCCAGCAGGAUCGGCACAGCUUCAGUGGGUCUCCACAGAAGUGGAAUGAUUUUGAGCUUCCAGGUGACACACUCUAUUACAGAUUUACUUCUGACAUGAGUAAUACUGAGUGGGGUUAUAAGUUUACAGUGACAGCAGGUCAUCUUGGAAGGUUUCAGACAGGGUUUGAAAUUCUAAAGCAGAUGCUGUCUGAGGAGAGGGUCGUUCCUCACCUCCCACUGGCCAAAAUCUGGGAAUGGCAGGUUGGGGUAGCAUGCCGUCAGACCGGCCACCAGCGUUUGAAGGCUAUCCAUUUGCUCUUGAAGAUAGUGCAGUGCAGUGCCCAGAGGGACUGUGACCUUACCUUGUUGAAGCCACUUUGGCAGCUUUUCACCCACAUGGAAAACAACUUGUGUCAUGACAUGGCCAAGCCUGGGAUUCUUCUUCCUCUUCAUCGUGCACUUGCAGAACUCUUCUUUGUUACAGAAAACAGAGUUACUGAGCUUGGAUCUCUACAGGAGUAUUUGCUUGCCUUAAAUACUGAAGAUCAUCUUCAUCGCUGCACAGCACAGGCCCUGAAAAACAUUGCUGCUAUCAGCCUUGCCAUUAACUAUCCAAACAAAUCAACAAGUUUCUGGAAUGUUUAA